ACAUGUUGCGCUGUUGUUAUUGUCAGUACUGUACAGUCACUGCAGGUCAGAAGCGGCACGAGCGGACCGGUUCGGACGGGAUGGCAUGAUGACAUGCCCAGCUAAAACGACUACAAAUGCGUCAUUGUUUAAAAUAAACCCUGGAGACGGCAGUCGAUCUAUUUUACGUGUGUCCAAUCCGACAACCUAACUUCGACAGAGCGUUGUGUAAAGAUAUUCAGCGCACCUCAGCUCGUGUCAACUGAAUUCGAUAAUCUGUGACAAUCUUUAAAUAGUGUUCGAGGAGAGAUGGACGUACAUUUUUGGGCUCAUCUAAAGGCUGGCAGCUCGGAGGUGGAUUGGUGUGAAGGAAAUUAUCUGAUCUAUUCCGGAAUAGCGGAGUUUUAUAACACGAUAAGCAAUGUGCUGUUUUUCGUCUUGCCUCCUAUUCUCAUGUGUCUAUUCAGGCAGUAUGCCACGCAUUUCAACAGUGGCAUCUAUCUCAUAUGGACUCUGCUUGUGGUUGUUGGUAUCGGCUCAACUUACUUCCACGCCACCCUGAGCUUCUUGGGACAGAUGUUGGAUGAACUUGCCAUAUUGUGGGUGCUAAUGUGUGCCAUUGGCAUGUGGUUUCCUAAGCGAUAUCUUCCUAAGAUAUUUCGUAAAGACAGGUCGAGGUUUAAACUUGUCAUUGGCAUUCUGUCAGGGAUCACCACCUGCCUGGCCUUCAUCAAACCUGCCAUUAAUUCCAUAUCCCUAAUGACACUGGGAAUCCCAUGUACUGCACUUCUCAUUACUGAGCUAAAGAGGUGUGAAAACCCACGUGUGUUCAAGCUGGGUCUUCUCUCAGGGCUGUGGUGGACUCUGGCAUUGAUGUGCUGGAUUAGUGAUCGCAUUUUCUGUGAAAUGUGGUCGUCUGUCAACUUUCCUUAUCUACACUGUGCCUGGCAUAUUCUUAUCUGCUUGGGUUCCUAUCUGGGAUGUGUGUGUUUUGCUUAUUUCGACGCCGCAUCCGAGGCUCCAGAGCAGGGACCCGUUCUCAAAUUCUGGCCCAGUGAGAAAUGGGCUUUUAUUGGGGUGCCAUACGUCACUCUUCUCUGUGUGCACCGCAAGACCUCCAUUAAGCUGACAUAGACUGUGCCAUGUUCAAAGGUAUCUGAAUACGUUUGGUCCACAAGAAGGAGAAUCCUGUUUUUCCAGGUGGAUUUGUUUGUUUUGGGUGAAACGUGUUAAGCAAUCAAUAUAAAUCAUGUGAAGCAUCAUUUAAGUGAAAAGUGUUGAAUGAUCUCAGUAUGGAGAGUUUACUCAGGCGCACAAUGUUGCACAUUUAACACGUUAAGUAAGAUCAUGUUUGGGUGAAGGACGUUCAAUCCUUUUCAAAACAGAUUUUUACACCAGCAAUUAGACUUUUAUUUAAGUGUGAGAAUACUUUAGGUUGUUUGUUACAUUAACAAUUUUGAAAUCUCAUUACUUUUCACUAUACAAUACAAUAAGGGAAAAUAUACAAAUGAUUGUUUAUACAGGAGAUCAGGACACAGGUGAAAGGCACAUAUCACCCUAAAAGGAUUUACGUGUAUUCUGAGUUAACAGGCAGCUGCGGUCUUUAAAACAAAGCUUCUAAAAGAGUUCUUCACAGCGAUGUCAUAGAAGAACCGUUUUUGGUUCUCCAAAGAACCUUUAAGUUUUUCUUUCUUGCCUUUUUAUAGUUUGUAGAAGCUUUGUACACUUCACAGAAAGGUUGUGUGAAUGUUGAAAGACCAUUUUUUGAAACUUUAAAAAAAAGUGACUUAUCUCUUAUUACUAUGUGUGUACCGCUUAUUACACAGAUUAUUGCCAAAUCAAUAAAUAAAUAGACAUGAAAUAUUACAUUUUAUAUGAUAAAAGUUAUUUUCAUGUGUGAGAAAAUAGAGACGUAAUACAAGAACAUUUGACUGGUGAAGGUUUUCAUUGACCAAUCAGAAUCAGUUUUGUUGGUGUCAUGUCUAUUUUUGUACAUGUUGACAAUAUAUUGGUUAUUGGUCAAUGGUGCUCAAAAACGCUUAAAAUAUCUUCCUUUGUCUUCAGCAGAACAGAGAAAUUUAUACAGGUUUUUAACAACGUGAGGGUUAGAAAAUUAUGACAAAAUUUUCAUUUUUUGGGGAUCUAUUCAUUUAAUGCUUAAUAUACAUUUUCCCUAUUGACUGCCAAACUUAAUCAGAAAUAUACAUUUGUUGGUAAAUGAAUUAAAAUCAUGAGCAACUAACCAUGAUACCAUGUUAAUGCUACACAUUUGUGGCACACGUGCAACUUUACUAAUGUGUUUUACUAGUUUGUUUUUUUCCCAUAUCUGGAGGAUCAUUCUUCCUACGCCUGAUACUUCCUGAUACAAAAUGUAACAUAAUGAAGUUUAAUACAUGACAUUUAUGUAUUGAUUAUAUGAAUGCAGCAUAAACUGGAUGUUUUAAUCGAGAUAUUUUGAGCCUUGUUGCACUACUACGAAAUGAAGCAGUGUUUUUGACACACAAUGUAUUGAAAGAUUUGAAUUCAGUGCAUGCAAAUUGUUUGUUGAAUUGAAUGUAAAGAAAUGCUCUUUUGAGAAUGAUUGACAUAUAUUUGCCAAAUGUCAGUUUUUCAUUUGAAUGUCCAUAUAGUGUAAUUAUCUAUACAUGCUGAUGAAAUAAAUAUUUAGAUUUCUCAACUUCCUAACACUUUUUACAACAAAACACUUUUCAAAUGCCUUUUCCAGUUUGUAUCUUCAGACCAAAAUGUCAGUGAUCACAAAUUUGUACUGCCAUUAACUGUCAAGGAUUUUUUUAAGGAAUAAAUGCCAAAUUACACCAUGCAA